UCUUACUAUACUGACGGACUUGGCACACUCGCUGCCAACAAUCAGUCGUUUACAACCGUCGAAAAUACGUACUAUUCAAUUUUCGCAUCGAGAAGGAAGCACUCGAGGUCCUAACGAGACGAGGCGAAAUUUAAUUGAAUUUAACUGAAUUGUGCGCAGUAAAUUGUGCCGCUGCAUAGUUGUAAGCAGCUUAAGCAAAUAGCCAUGAAGCAUUUUACAGCCGCCGUAACGCUCUUGAUCUUCGCUGUCGUGGCUGCCGGCUGGUGGACCGUCGAUGCGUUGGCUGAGUCCUCAACCUUGCAGACUGCUAAACAGUGGAAGCUGUUUACGUAUAAUUUCCUACCACAUGCACCCAUACACGAUUUAAAUUUCUACAAUCCAUCCAAUGUGCUGGCAACCGGUAUUGCAGUCACCUAUGACCGGAUUUUCAUAGCGACGCCAAAAUUGUUCUCUGGCGUGUCGUCGACCGUGAAUGUUGUUUCGAAGGCGGAGUUCGGUGAUUCACCGGCGCUGCAGGCCUACCCAGACUGGUCAUUUUCGACAACCGGUCGCACAGACUUCAACUGUAGCGACUUAGUAUUGGUGUCUGUAUAUCGCAUGCGUAUCGAUUCAUGCAAUCGCUUAUGGCUUCUAGAUGCUGGCGUUUCACGCUCACUUGAAGACUACGAAAUAACCUGUCCGCCGAAGAUUUUAAUUAUCGACUUGCAUACUGAUCAAGUGGUGCGUCGUGUGGAUUUCCCUGCAGAAAUUCUGCGUGGCGAGUCUUUGUUUACGAAUCUCGUCAUCGACGAGGGAACAGCGACGGCUGGCAACUGUGACGAUGUGUUUGCAUAUAUUUCCGAUACAGUAGAACCAGGCAUCAUCGUUUAUGAUAGUGGUCGUGAUGUUACAUGGCGCGUAUCCCAUCCGGCUAUGUAUCCAGAUCCAGAUUUUGCGCAAUCAGAGAUUCUCAACGAUCGUUUCAUAUUGAUGGAUGGGGUUGUGGGCUUAGCGUUCGACACCAAAUUGGGAGUCCUAUACUUCCAACCUUUGGCUACUGAUCGUUUAUUCUCCGUCACCCGAGAUGUGCUGCGUGCUGGACCGCUUGCUCAAAACGAAAUACUCAAAGUGAAAUUGGUCGGUAAGAAAUCAUCACAGGGUAUCGCACUCACCGUUUCGCCCAUCGACAAUAGCGUUAUUUUCAGUCCACUUACUGAAACUGCAAUUGCUUCAUGGAAUCCCAGCAGUAACAACCAAGUGGUUCUCGCCCAUGACCGUGAUCGCCUACAAUUUGUUGCCGACAUGACAACAACACCAAAUGAGCCGGGCAUUGUUUAUGCUGUAUCAUCCAAAUUUCAUCGAUUUUUCCUAAAAAAUCUGCAUCAUAAUGAAGUUAAUAACCGUGUGCUCCGUUUGACAUUAACCAAUGACUAUGGCCCAUCACACGGCGCCUUCGCUCAGUCAUACAACUUGCACGCAAUCAACAAAGCUUCCAACCAUUUCGGCAGUCCAUAUAAAACCAAUGAUUUGGACAAAACAAAUGUUAUUGGUUUUGGAAAUUAUGUCUACAAUAAUUUGCACGGAGGUGUGAAGCCUCAACAACCUUAUAAUUAUGAAACCGUCGGUCUUAUCAACUUCUCGUUACGGAAUCCCUUUACUGCUCUUAAUGCGGGGGAAUCAUUUCCACCGGGCAAAGAACAACGUGCGAAUGAUCAACGACCCUCAUUCCUGGAUAGUUUGAAUGGUGUAGGUAGUUCCACUAGUCCCGAUCUUCGUUACCUCAUACCAACAACGUCAUCGCCGACACCACAUGGCAGUCUGCACACUUCGAUUCCCUUUGGUGCUGAUUAUAGUCUACAUCGCCAUCUACGCAAUACCGAAGGGCAAGAAGUAGCCGAGGCAACAAAGUCAACCACUGUGAAACAGUGAAGAGGAAAUAAAAGUAGGGUGGUGUUGAGGUGGUAAAUACAUAUGUAUAUGGCUUGAAGCCCAAACUUGUGGGCCUCAAUAACUAGCAUUUAUUCGUCUGUCGAAAACAGUGUGUACUAUGUACAGCCACUUGGGAAGUAUAAUUUAUGUAUGUAUGUAUAGUAAAGUUUUUAGUAUAUUUAGUGAAAAUUAUAAUUGUAGGUGUAUGUGCAGACGUACAUACACAUGUGUACAUAAAUCAAACAAAUCGGUACCGAUAUUUGUAUACAAAUAAAUUAAUUCCAAUUACUUCAGUCACAGACUACUUACAUACAUACGUAUGUAUAUAUGAAUGUAGAAAUAAUUUAAUUUUUAUUG